GCCGUGAAAUGCCCAAGGUUUCUACAUUUGGGUUUGAUCGGAGGCCCAGAACCAGAUCACCCGGUUACUCGGGCGGGAUCGUAUAUCCCAACCCGACGCCAAGCCCAAAGGAAAGGGCCAGCCGAGAAAGGCACUGGAGUUAUCUUGGAUUCGCACCAUCGCAGUUUCUGCUCGGCUGAUCUCUCGCUGAUGCGUCGAUUGCUGAAGGAUGAGAGAACCUUUCGAGCUUUUAGCAGAUGGAUUAGAAGCAAACACACGGUGGUCAUGAGCUUCGGCGACGGAAGCCAGGGGGCGCUGGGAUUGCCGGCCUCCGUCGCAUGUUCCGGCGGCGACGCGUACGAGCCCACGCCCGUUCACGGCAUCCCCUCCGACGUCUCCAGUAUAACCGCCGGCCACUACCACUCUCUCGCCGUUACUUCUCUCGGAGAGGUCUGGGCUUGGGGACGCAACCAGGAGGCGCAGCUUGGUCGCGGCCUUCUCGCUCCAAGGAAGCUAAUGAGAUACUGUAAGUUUCAAUGGGGAGCUGUUGUGAGCUUUGAGGAGGUUCAGAGGACUGAGAAUAGAGAAUCGUGGAAUGAACCCCAGAGAGUAGAUGGGUUGGAUCACGUACAAAUCCGGGCUACAUUUGCAUCUGGCGUCAUAUCUGCAGCAAUUGCAGAUGAUGGUUCCUUGUGGGUAUGGGGGAAGUCGAAACGUGGACAGCUAGGCCUCGGAAAAGGAAUCACUGAAGCUGUUUCUCCUUCCAGAGUUGAAGCUCUUGCAGGUGAAGAUAUAGUUAAGGUGGCACUUGGUUGGGGACAUGCUAUAGCACAUACUAGGGAAGGAAAGUUAUAUGGCUGGGGUUAUUCAGCUGAUGGCAGAUUAGGACAGAUGGGAAACCAAUUUGAUCCCUCUCCACUGGAUUCAAGUAACAACAUGCAGAAAGCAACAGAACUCUCGAAUUCAGUUCUAGAAGCUUCUGAAAAGUUGGUAUUGGAAGGAAUGGAGAAGGAAAAAGAUAUGCCUAUUAUAUGGGAGCCCAGUUUAAUCAAAGAGCUUGCUGAUUUUGAAGUUUUGGAUGUUGCAUGCGGGCUUGAUCAUUCCUUAGUUCUUUGUCGUGAUGGCACCCUCUUAAGCUGUGGAAGCAACAUAUACAGCCAGCUUGGCCGAUCAACUCCAGACCUUGGACUUCAGCCAGUUGAUGUGAAUUUCCAUCCAGUUUCUAUUGCAUGCGGGCUUGGACAUUCUUUGGCCAUAUGCCAAAUUGCAAAAUCAGAGGGCACCAAAGAUACCACAGGCAUUGUCUCAUGGGGAUGGAACCAGAGUUCUCAACUAGGGAGGGAAGGCCCAGAGAACCUCCCAUUGGUGGUGGAGGGGUUGGCAGGGGAAACCCCUAUUUCAGUGUCAGGAGGCCGAGCACAUUCCAUUGCUUUGACAUCUAAAAAGGAGGUAUGGGUGUGGGGAAGUGGUAGAAAUGGGAGGCUCGGGUUAGGUAGUUCUAUUGAUGCAAAUGAACCCAACUUGGUUGAGUAUUUGGAAGGUUCUGAAGUUUUGCAAGCUGUGGCUGGGUUUGAUCAUAAUCUUGUCCUAAUAGCGGUAUCUCUGUUAAGUCAGUCAUCAGAUGAAAUGGAGGAAUACGCUCAUCUCACUGGCUUCUGCUGUAUAUGA